GGUCUGCAGCCAGCAUUGGAAGCACUGUUACCUAAUGCAGAGCAUAGAUUUUGCANGAGACACUUAUAUGCAAAUUUCAGAAAGAAGUUCACUGGAAACACCUUGAAGACAUUGAUGUGGAAGGCUGCUACUAGUACCUACCCCCAAGCUUGGGAAAAAGAAAUGUAUUGGUCUAGAUCUAGAUUUACAGGGCGAGCAGUAACUGAUACACUAGUUAAUAACAUGAGUGAGGCUUUUAAUAGUGUUAUUGUUGAUGCUAGAGGAAAGCCCAUUGUAACCAUGCUAGANGAAAUUAGAGUUUACAUCAUGAAAAAAUGGGCCACCAACAGAACCAAAAUGUGUAAUAUGGACUUUGACAUAUGUCCAAAGAUUACAAAGAGACUAACAAAAGAAUCAAAUUUAUCCAAGAAUUGGAUCCCUAGUUGGAGUGGAGAAAAAAUUUUUGAGGUUNNACAUUGUGCUGUGAUGACAAAUAAAUUUGCAGUNAACCUGGACAACNAAGACUGUUCCUGCAGGAAAUGGCUCAUUACUGGCAUCCCUUGCUGCCAUGCUAUUGCAGCAAUGAGAUUCUUAAAUUUAGAUCCAAAGGAAUAUGUACCCGUUUGGUUCAGAAGGUCAACUUAUGAAGAGACAUAUGCUUCAAUGAUAUAUCCAGUGAAUGGUCCCCAUUUAUGGGAAAGAACAACAUACACNGAUGUCCUCCCACCUUUUAAAAGAAAACUACCUGGCAGACCAAAGAAAAAGCGAAGGUUGGAGAGUUGGGAGCUGAGGAGGGAUGAAACCCAGAUGACCAAAGGUGGCCACNGNAAAAAAUGCAGCAUUUGUCGUGUUGUUGGGCAUAAUAGAAAACAAUGCCCUUUACGUCCUNAGGAUCAACCAGACCUGCCACAAUCAUCUGAAGCACCACCCCAACCAACACANGAAUCCACUGAGCAACCAAGUGAGCCAAUCAGAAGGGACAAGUUACCAAUUAGGAGGGGACCAUCUGCGGAAUUGUGA